UGCAGUGCAUGGCCGUAUGAAGCCGAUUGGGCCCAACCAGCUCCCGUAUGGCAAUGCAUUUUUCUGCACCUCCGGUAAUCCUCUGGGCGAACAAGUUGGCAUCACCAAAGGGAAGGAUAGAGCAGAAGCGAGUAGGGAGACCAAAAAGCUCAAUGUGCCAUCAGCCUUCAUCUUUACAAAUAGUAGCCAUCGCGAUGGGUCUAUAUACAAAAACUCGUGUCUCGACGUAUUUUGCGUUAAAAAACGUGGUGAGACACAAUUGGAGCCAAUGCGGAUAUCAGACCCUGCUAAUUGCUUUCCUGACCAGAAAAGGUGUCGUGUGCAUUUUGAAUGUGACAUGAUGCAAUUUUUCUCAUUAAAAUUGGCUAAAGUUCCUAUGAACGCAAGUUCGGUACAAUUGUAUGGAUAUAUAGCAGCACGGGAUUAUUUGGAUUUAUCGCUUAAUUAUAUUGUCAAUCGUAGCAAGGACAAUCCCCUUAUGGUGCGACAGGGUUCUCUCAUUGAGAUGACUGGCCCUAAGAGAGGCAUCACAAUGACCAGCCCUGUUCUAGUUGAGUAUGACAUGAGGAUCAAGGAAGGGGAGCAAGAAGAAUAUGAUCUACAAUUAAUUGAUGGUGCAACAGACUUCUGCGAAGUAACCACACCUUCUCAUCCAUUCACGAGUCAGAUUAAUGGCGAUUGUGGUGCAGUUGACAUCACUUUAGCACACGUCGUCAAUGCAGUGGAGGCCACAAUAGAUGUUAUUGUAUCAGAAGUGCGGAGUGGAUUCAAUUUAUCUCUCGGUUCGUAUGUGUUUGUAGGUGGGUCAUAUCAAGGAAUCGAGCUCCUGCGUGAUAUUAUUGGUGAGUCAUGUGUCAUAACAAGAAGAUAUGUGAUUGCCGUAGAGAUGGAUAGUUGGAUGCACUUGAAGCUCAUGGUAGGCCGGGAAGGUUCAAAAUACGAUGAUUUGGAACGUCAUUGUCGCUUCAAAGCAAACCUCCAUGGAUAUGCACGUCGACAAAUACUGCUUGAGCAUGCCUCUAUCUCGCUAAAGGUGACUUGGUCGGCUAUGCCAUGA